GUGGCAGCGACUCGGACAUCUGAGCUGCCACUGCUGAAAACAGACCCGCAGGACAGGUGCGUGAGCAGGAGGUCACCUUCCAGUUGCCCUUUGCGCUCGGGAUGGUGUGAGGAGUCGGAGUCGUUGCUGCUUCCCCCCGGAUAAUCAGUAUGCAUGUUCACGGCUUUUGGCUGUGGUUGUGUCUUCUACUCACCUCAGUUAAUGCUGAAAUUAUGGAUGAUGGUGUUCAGAUGGAAGACUUUGAUGAAAACUCAGAAGAGGUUGAUGUUAAUGAAGAUGAACUUACCUCAGAGAUUAAAUAUAAGACACCUCACCCUAAAGGAGAAGUGUAUUUUAUAGAAACCUUUGAUAGUGGAAGAUUAGCUGGGUGGGUCUUAUCAAAGGCAAAGAAAGAUGAUACAGAUGCUGAGAUUUCUAUAUAUGAUGGAAGAUGGGAAAUAGAAGAAUUGAAAGAAAACCGAGUACCUGGUGACAGAGGACUGGUUUUGAAAUCUAGAGCAAAGCAUCAUGCAAUAUCUGCUACAUUAUCAAAACCCUUUAUUUUUGCUGAUAAACCUUUGAUAGUUCAAUAUGAAGUAAAUUUUCAAGAUGGUAUUGAUUGUGGAGGUGCAUACAUUAAACUCCUAGCAGACACUGAUGAUUUGAAUCUGGAAAACUUUUAUGAUAAAACAUCCUAUACCAUUAUGUUUGGACCAGAUAAAUGUGGAGAAGAUUAUAAACUUCAUUUUAUCUUCAGACAUAAACAUCCUAAAACUGGCGUUUUUGAAGAGAAACAUGCCAAACCACCAGAUGUAGACCUUAAAAAGUUCUUUACAGACAGGAAGACUCAUCUCUAUACACUUGUGAUGAAUCCAGAUGACACAUUCGAGUUGUUAAUUGAUCAAAUAGUUGUAAACAAAGGAAGCCUUCUAGAAGAUGUGGUUCCUCCUAUCAAUCCUCCCAAAGAAAUUGAAGAUCCCAAUGACAAGAAACCUGAUGAUUGGGAUGAAAGAGCCAAAAUCCCUGACCCUUCUGCCGUCAAACCAGAAGACUGGGAUGAAAGUGAACCUGCCCAAAUAGAGGAUUCAAGUGUUGUUAAACCUGAUGGCUGGCUUGAUGAUGAACCAAGUUUUAUCCCAAAUCCUAAUGCUGAGAAACCUGUUGACUGGAAUGAAGACAUGGAUGGAGAAUGGGAAGCACCUCACAUUCCUAAUCCAGCAUGUCAGGUUGGGUGUGGUGAAUGGAAACCUCCCAUGAUAGAUAACCCAAAAUACAAAGGAGUAUGGAGGCCUCCAAUGAUUGAUAAUCCUAACUACCAGGGAAUCUGGAGUCCUCGAAAAAUUCCUAAUCCAGAUUAUUUUGAAGAUGAUCAUCCAUUUCUUCUGACUUCUUUCCGUGCUCUUGGUUUAGAGCUCUGGUCCAUGACCUCUGAUGUCUACUUUGAUAAUUUUAUUAUCUGUUCGGAAAAGGAAGUAGCAGAUCGGUGGGCUACAGAUGGUUGGGGCAUAAAAAUAAUGGUAGCAAAUGCUAACGAGCCUGGUGUACUGAAGCAGUUAAUUGCAGCUGCUGGAGAGCGCCCAUGGCUUUGGCUCAUUUACCUUGUGACAGCAGGGUUGCCAGUAGCAUUAAUUACUUCAUUUUGUUGGCCAAGAAAAGUAAAGCUUAAUGUUAAACCACCACAGAAAAAAUAUGAAGAGGCAGAAUAUAAAAAGACGGCCAUAUGUAAACCAGAAACAAAGGGAGCACUAGAGCAAGAAGUAAAGGAAGAGAAAGCAGCCCUGGAGAAACCAGUAGACUUAGAAGAGGAAAAAAAGCAAAGUGAUGGUGAAAUUCUUGAAAAAGAAGAGGAAGGUGAACCUGAGGAAAAGAGUGAAGAAGAAAUUGAAAUCAUAGAAGGGCAAGAAGAAGGUAAUAAGUCAAAUAAGUCUGGAUCAGAAGACGAGAUGAAAGAAGCAGAUGAGAGCACAGGAUCUGGAGAUGGGCCAGAAAAGUCGGUACGCAAAAGAAGAGUACGAAAAGAAUAAACUAUAUUCAAGUAUUUUUAAUUGCUGAGAGAGAUAUUUGGCAUUCUUGAAUCAGUGUGCCGCAAAUGAACUUGAAUCAGUCUCCAUGUCCUGUUCUAAUACCUAGCACUGUUACUCUUUCAGACAUUUAUUUUAGUGCUUCUUUUCAGAGGGGAAAAAACUAAAAACACCUAACUCUGAAGUUACCCGCUCUUUGAAUUUAGAAUAAAAGAAAAACAGCAAGUUACAUGUCAGAUUUAAGAGAUUAAUAUCAUUAGAAGUUACACAGUUUUAAUAGUUUGGAGAUAGUUUGGGUUUGUACAUAGCAAAAUAAUAUGUAGCAGGUUCACUGCUUUUGGAAAAAUCAGUUAUUGGAAUUUACACUUAAAUGGCUAUAUUACAACACAAUUGGUAGUUCCAUAAUAAAAACGAGAGUGUUCUGUUGUGCAGAGCUAAAUGCAAUAAAGUUGCUGUAUGGCUGUUUGAUUCUGUCAACAAUUGAAAGUGUUAUAUGUGACCCACAUUUACCUGUUUUGUGACAAAUUAUAGUUAUGGUCAGUUCAUUUAAAAUAUAGAUUCCUUUAUGAGGUGCUUUUUUGACAGAGAAGUCAAACAAAACAGAAAUGUCUAAGUGUCAUUCAGAGAAUCACUGGUUAAUAGUGCAACAUAUUUUACAAUUGAAUGCAAAGAUAAUAGGUUUAUCAAAACAAAACUGUGUGCAGAUUUUUUCAAGCCUUUAUAAUUGUUUUACACCAGAAUGGCUUACCCCAUUCACAAAGUGGGGUUUAUACCUACAUAUCUCUUGAAAAUAAAAUUUAAACAUUUUUUCCUUCUUUAAAUUAUACCUUUUAAA